CCAAAUGUUCCGAUUCCGGAUUCCGGAUUCCGGUUGGGCUUAUCCCGCCUGCUUCCUUCCUCUUCCUCGGCCGCAGCCACAGAAGGCAAUUAGGGUUUGUGUGUCUCUUGCGCGCGGAGGAAGCUAAUUGCCAUGGAGGAGGUUACGGAAGGCGUCAACAAUCUCCAAAUAGCGGAUUCUGAUGGACACAAGAAGAACCGGAUCCAGGUCUCCAACACCAAGAAGCCGCUCUUUUUCUACGUCAACCUCGCUAAGAGAUACAUGCAACAGCAUAACGAAGUCGAGCUAUCAGCUCUUGGAAUGGCAAUUGCAACUGUUGUCACCAUUGCGGAGAUACUGAAAAACAAUGGACUUGCUGUUGAGAGAAAGAUUACAACAUCUACUGUUGAUAUCACGGAUGAAUCACGGGGCAGACCAAUCCAAAAAGCCAAGAUUGAGAUAUUGUUGGGCAAGACAGAAAACUUCGAUGAACUAAUGGCUGCUGCAGCCGCUGAGAGGGAGUUGGCAGACGGCGAAGAGCAAAACUGAAACUGAAGUAAUUCUGCCUUUUAAAAGCAAUAUGCUGGGUCGAUCUGAUUAUCACAUUAUAAGAGCUGGUUUGUUAACUGGUAUCGAAGUAUUGCUGCCAUGUUUCUUGCAAAACUUGCAUGUGAUGACUAUUUGUUAGCCAUUGUAAUGGGUAGACAAGUCCUUAAGACGAAGUUUGGAGGUUCUUUGAUUUCAUUGUGUUAUUAUGGGGAAUCACUGCACGAUCAGCAUUGGAACUAUAUUUAAAUGUUAUGUUCGUCUCGUAUGUGAAUGAUAAAUAGCCUGUUUUUUUGUUA